CAGAGCACACUACGAUUAGUGUCGCUCAUCUCGGGUCAGGAAGUCAAGGGUUUUCCAGCCACAGAGUUGCAUUAUUAAGUUACAUUCCUCUUUCAGGAAUUUUGGAUCUCCUCUUAAAUGAUCCCGGCGCCGCUGAAACCCACGAUGGAUUCCCUCAACGCUGUUCUGCGCUUCUUCAGCAACCAGAAGACCACAAUCGGGUACGGUGCCAUGGCCAUUGCGACCAUCGGUGGACAGCAGAUCUUUACCUUCUUAUCCUUCCAGUGUCCGUGCACUCUAAAGCAGAACAUGGCUUACGGGCUCUCGUACCUGCUCGGACCCGCGUUCGUAUUCUUCAUUGUUGCUCUUUUCUUGAGUACGCGUCUUUGGCGCCUCUACACGGGCUGCUGUCUCAACCCCAGAAAGCUCUGUCCCAACAGACACAAGUGUGUGAGCUGCUUACACGUGCUUGUCAGUGUUAUUGUUGGAGCACUUGUUGCACCGAUCAUGUGGCUGAGCUUUGCGCUGCUGAACGGCGUGUUCUACGAGUGCGCAGUGAGUGGUAUGAAUGAGCAGGCCGUUGUGGACUGGUUUUGUAAAAAUAGAACCACCACAUGCAAGGAGGAACUAGCCAAAGUUCCAUGCCAAACGUCCAACAUGACAGCAGCAGACACAGAGGAGCUCCUGCUAAUGCUACAUGCCCAGUCUCAGAUCCUCGGCUGGGUCCUGAUCAUGGUCUCUGCUUUGGCCGCCAUUAUCAGCACAUGCUACAAAAACUGCUGCUCUCAAGUGAGCUACCUGCAGCUUACUUUCUUUAAAGCGUACAAGCAGAAAGAGAAAGAGAAAUUUGAAGCCUUCGUAGAUGAGUACGCCACGCGACUGGCUGAAAGGAACCUCAAGAGCUUCUUCGAGAACAAAGACCCCGAGGCGUUUCCCUUUCCGAAGCACACAGCCUGGAAGCAGAUCUCAGCCAUGUAUAAGUAUAAACAUAGCGAGCAGUAUUACAGCACGCUGCAGAGAUUUGUGGAGAAUCCUAACCGUGACUACACUACAGAGGAAAUGCUACUAAGUGAAACAUAAGGGGAACUCAGCGUUUAAUAGGCAUCAACCUAAAUAUCUCUCAGUAAGCAAUGUUCUACUUAGAUUUUCCUACUCAGAUUUCAUUCCAAAUUAUAUUAUUCUUCUAAUAUAGAAUAUCAUGUUUUCUAGAAUGUCAGAUUGCUCCAUCAUAAGGAAAUCUCUGAGUUUUAAUAGACAAGGCAAAUGAGAGAAAGAGGUUGAGAUGAUGCUUUGGAACACAACUGACAAUGUGCCCCAAACGUCUGUUGGUGGCCUGGCAUAACAUCUUCAUCAUUUUUGUACAGAGGAACCUAAAGGGACUAGUUCUAUCUUUUCCUAUAACUGGAAAUAAUAUACUGAAUGUAUGUGAUGUGUCGUUCUCUAUUUAAAAAAAUGUAACUUUGGGCAAGUUGCUGCUAUAUGAAAAUUAAUUGCUUUGGGCCACAUCACUCCACCUUUUAGUGUUUUUUGCUAUGAUGUAUUUGCCAUAUUUCCUACCUCAACCUGCCUGGGGAAAAAAGCUGCAGAUCCUCGGAACAAUUGGUUCCACUGCUAAUCACCCUGGGUCUGGAAGACGAAGAGUGACAACACCAGGACAAGACAGACUAUUGUGAUGUCAUGUGACAUAUGUAACAGAACACAUACACUUAGUACUGAAAUUGUAAACAUGAAUGUUGAAUAUGGCAGUUUUAUGCCACAUAUUAAAUUCUGCUAAGAAACAGUAUACUGUAUAUUUAACGCAUACUGUAAAUGAAAGAUGUUCUACAUUGAGGGGCAAUUUUAAAAAGUUCCACAUGUCAUUUUAUUCUUGUUAGAUGAAUUGUAUACUUUUCUGCUGUGGGGGCAUCUCUUUAGAAGCUUGAGGUUGCACUCUUUGUUGAAAAAAUGCAGUCUCUAGUUAAACCCUUAAAACACAAUCGGCACAGAUCCAUGCUGGCAACACAGCAUAGGUUAAAGAUGAUUUUUUUUUUAAGUGCUUAUGGAAGCAUCGCUGAUCUGUGUUAAUGGAAAGGCUUCAAACCUCAAAGUGUGAAUUUGGGUUUUUGGAUAUGU